CAAACAAAGUGUUUUUUUUUUGCAUUAAGAAGAGUUUGUGUAAAAUAUAUUGCCGCCAAGAGAACUCGAAUUUUAAAAUUCCUUUUCUAAGGAUUCCUUUGUGUUUAGUUUACACAUAACCUUAAAUACUUAAGAACUUAUCCUGCAACAAAAUGAGCAAGGACAUAUACUAUUCCGACAAAUACUAUGAUGAAAAAUAUGAAUACAGACAUGUGGUGCUUCCUAAGGAGCUGGUGAAAUUGGUACCCAAAACACAUCUCAUGUCAGAAGCCGAAUGGCGUUCAAUUGGUGUUCAACAGUCACGAGGUUGGAUCCAUUACAUGAUACACAAACCUGAGCCUCAUAUUUUACUAUUUCGACGGCCCAUACAACAGUAAGUUUUGUUUGGGAAUGAGAAGCUCUGAGCAAUCAGAACUGAACUGCUUAUAUACGAAAUCAUCCUCUCAACAUAAUAAAUGUAAAUAGCCAAACACUUCAAAUCGAUAAUUAAGUCGUUAUUUUGCUGGAUAAAGUCAAGAGCAGUGAGUGCUAGUCAUUCAGCAUGUCGCCAAAUUAUUAAUUGUAAAAGCACGAUCAUGAUCAGGAAGAACGGACAUGAACAAAAAAUGCAACAAUCCUUUUGUAAACUACAUGUUUUCUCGAUUGUGUGUAUAAGAUUUAAAAUUAAUUAUACUUUUAAUCCUUUUAUAUUACACUUAUUUAUUGCUAAUAUACUUUUGCUAAGUUAUUUAAUUUUUUUUGUCAUUCAUUUCAUUUACAUUUUCUUCGUUGUUGAAAUUCGUUUAUUAAACUGAGAACAAAUUAUUUAGAGAAUGCUUUUAAGUAUUUACUUGCUCUUGGCUCGAUCCUUUCUAGUAGGAUCGAUCGUCUUUUAUAUGUUUUACUUUUAUGGGCCAUAUUUUAAAGAAAUUUUAUUUUUUGUAUUAUUUUAAUAUUUAAGUAUUACUGCUAGCUGUUUACAUAGCAAUUAUGAAUAUUUUUCAAAUACAAAAAUAUAAUAAAAACAAAACUACAAUUCUCUAAAUAA